GGCACUAUGACGAUAGCGUCGGCAUCAGUUGGUUUUGCAUAUGGCCAUGUAUCCGGACUGAUCCGGGCUCUGCAGAAGAAUGAAGACGGGAUCACACUCAACGAAGGUCAAAUAUCUGUUAUAGCCACCAGUAUGACAUUCUGCGUGGUCAUCGGCAUAUACCUCCUCGCUCUCUGCGGUGACAGAAUCGGUAGGAGAUGGAGUCUCAUUCUCCUUUCAACACCAAUGCUCUUGAGUUGGAUGCUUGUGUAUCUCGCUACUGGCUUCACAACUUUGAUGUUAUCGAGGAUUUUUGCUGGUACUUCAGCUGGUGGUUUAAUUGUAGUCAAUAUGAUCGGCGCAGCGGAGUAUACUUGUCCUAAUACAAGAGCUUUUUACCAGAGUAUUAUAUCUAUGGUUGCUUCAUCUUUGGGUAUAGGUAUUGGGCAUGUUUUAGGAGUAUUGUACCAUUGGAGAACGUUAGCUGUAUUUGGAAUGGUUGUUUCUACUAUCCAUAUAUGUCUGCCGUAUUUCUGUGUUGAAUCACCCCAAUGGUUGGCCUCUAAAGGAAGGUUUAAGGAAUGUGAGAUAGCUUUUAGGAAACUACAUGGGAUGCAGCAAAAAGCUGAAGACGAAUUGAGGUUAUUAAUAAAUAUGGAGGAUAAAAAAUUGAAAGUUGCCAGUGAAUUGAAAAUGAAUAAUGGUUGUAAGAAAAUGUUGGAUGCGUUGAAGAAGAAGUAUUUUUGGGGAUUAUUAUUGACGUAUUCUUUUGUAUAUAUUUAUUAUGCAGCUGCUGGUAAGGUUAUAUUUACGAAUUUAGCGACAGUUAUGCUGGAAGAAAUGACUGGCACGUCGGACAUUUUGUUGUUUACUUUAAUUGUUGAUGGAUUUAUAUUGAUAGGCACUUGUGCGUCUUGUGUUUUAAUUAAGAAAAUGUCUGUCCGUGUUUUGCUAUUUUCAUCAGGUUACAUAUCCAAUGGAGUGUUAUUAGUUUUGAGUGUUUCUAUGUAUUUUAAGAAUGACGAAAAGUAUUACCAAUGGAUUAAUGUUAUAUUACUGGCUUUGUACUUUAUAAUAGUGCAUGCUGGUCCGUAUCCAGUUAUGGAUGUUUUGCUGGGAGAACUUUUCCCAUUGGAUAUUAAAUUGUAUUGUUAUUUAUUAUGUAGUCCCAUGUUGUUAGCCACAGUUUGUGUGAGUAUUAUGAUUAUGCCAAUGAUUGUAAGUGCAAUAGGAUACCAUGGCCUGUUUCUAUUAAACUCUGUAGUAGUUUUCAUAUGUUUAGGAUAUUUCUGGGUCAAAAUGCCAGAGACAAAAGGUAAGACGUUGCAAGAAAUAGAAGUAUAUUUUAAGACGAAUGAGUUUAAUGUAGACAAAGUUGUUGUGGGUGAACAAAUAAAGUCUUUGGUGUGAUGUGUGUUUUAUUUGCAUUUUUUUGUGCGAAUGAGGACAUAGGGCGGACGAAGUCAUGAGCGUCCGCUAGUACAUAAUAUUCUGUGUAAGCUGUUAAGUUGUAUAUGUAUUACUAGCAGACGCCGCGCGGUUUCACCCGCGUGGUUUCCGUUCCUGUGGGAAUACGGGGAUAAUAUAUAGCCUAUAGCCUUCCUCGAUAAAUGGGCUAUCUAACACUGAAAGAUUUUUUUAAAUCGGACCAGUAGUUCCUGAGAUUAGCGCGUUCAAUCAAUCAAACAAACAAACAAGCACCUCAGCUUUAUAAUAUUAGUGUAGAUUUAAAAUUCCGGUUAUCAAUAUCGCAUUUGAAUAUAUUUAUAUAUCUAUUAAAACAAAAACACAAAAUCUUCCGCAUUUGUCAGUUUGUCUGUCUGUUCGUAAUAAACACAAAAACGGAUUUUCUGGAGGUAGAAUAAAUUAUUAGAAAUAUGGAUUAAGUUUUGAUAUAUAAUUUGUUAAGUAUUUCUAAUUACGUAAAUAUUAGAUUUAAUUUAUUUUAAAUAUAUAGAUCUAGUUAAUUUAUUUCAAUAUAUGCCUAAUUUUAUAGUUAUGUUGUACCUUUUGUGUAAUAAAUGUGUCUC